AUGCAUUGGAAAAUCCAUACAGGAGAUAAACCCUAUAAAUGUUUGGACUGCGGGAAAAGUUUCCGUCAGAGUUCACACCUUAUUACACAUCAAAGACUGCACCUGGGAGAAAGACCUUAUAGAUGCCUUGAGUGUGGAAAAAGUUUUAAUGAAAGUUCAUCUCUUACUAAACAUGGGAGAAUCCAUACAGGAGAAAGACCCUAUAAAUGCCUUGAGUGUGGGAAAAGCUUCAAUUUCAAAUCAGCCCUUACUGUGCAUCAGAGAACCCACACGGGAGAGAAACCCUAUAAAUGCUUGGACUGUGGGAAAACCUUCAGUGAGAACUCACAUCUCAUUAACCAUGGGAGAAUCCACACGGGAGAGAAACCCUAUACAUGCUUGGAAUGUGGGAAAAGCUUUCAUAAGAGGUCAUCCCUUCUUACACACCAGAGACUGCACACAGGAGAGAGACCAUUUAAAUGCCUGGAGUGUGGGAAAGAUUUUAGUGAGCGAUCAGCCCUUAUUACACACAGGAGAAUCCACACAGGAGAGAAACCCUACAAAUGUUUGGACUGCGGGAAAAGCUUCAGUCAGAGGUCACAUCUUAUUAACCAUGGAAGAAUCCACACAGGAGAGAAACCCUAUAAAUGCUUGGAAUGUGAGAAAAGCUUUUGUCAGAAAUCGUCCCUUCUUACGCACCAGAGACGGCACACAGGAGAGAGACCAUAUCAAUGCCUUGAGUGUGGGAAAGGAUUCAGUGUGCGAUCGUCCCUUCUUACACACGAGAGAACCCACAUGGAAGGGAAUCCCUAUAAGUGCCUUGAGUGUGGGAAAAGUUUCAUUCAGCCAUCCAGCCUUAUGACGCAUCAGAGAAUGCACACGGGCGACAAACCCCAUAAAUGCUUGGAGUGUGGGAAAAGCUUCAGUCACAACUCCUACCUUGCUAGACAUCGGAGAAUCCAUACAGGAUAAAGACCAUAUCAAUGCUUGGACUGUGGGAAAAGUUUUGCUCACAAGUCAGGCCUGGUUGUGCACCAGAGAAUCCACACUGUGGAGAAGCCCUAUCGGUGCUUGGAUUGUGGGGAAAAUUUCAGCCACAGAUCAAACCUUACUAGACAUCAGACAAUCCACGUGGGAGGAAAGACCAUAUAAAUGCCUCGACUGUGGGAAAAGUUCCAUUUGGACAUCAACAGUUGUUACGCACCAGAGGAUACUCACUGGAGAGAGACCCCAGAAGUGCUUGGACUGUGGCAAAAGUUUCAUUCAGAUCUCGCACCUUACUAGACAUCAGCAAAUUCAGGGCCAUCCUUAGGCAUAUGCGGCUGCGUAGGGCACCCAAAAAUUUGGGGCACCCCUGGGUCUUAGUGUCCCCCCCCUUCUGCCUCUUCCUAUCCCUGUUCUGACCCUUCCUGCAGGCUCCCACAGCUGGUGAGUCUUCCUCCGGAGGGGAUCGAGUAACUUCAAAGUGAAAAAGCCUCCAGCCUGUUAGAGCCAUCUGAGUGGUAAUGAAGCCAUGUCACAGGCAUUUGCCAAACGCCAGGUAUAGACAGACUGUCAAUUUCUGAAUUUACAGUUGGGUAUCACUGUCAUAUUUACUCAGAACAUGUCAGUCUACGGGACCUUAGUUUAAACUUUGCUUUAAAAAUAUUUCAUUAGUGAGUUGGUGAAGAUUAUAAAAUCACCACUCUAAACAAUCCUUGCAUAGAUUUUUAGAUGCACAAUCUGAGUAUUCAUCUUUCGCCUUAAAUGCUUGGAUCUUCAGACAUACAGUUUUUUAAAUAAAUCCUUCAGAAGACA